GGAAGGAGUCAGAAGUGAACGGAGUGAAGGCUGACAGUGAGCAGAGCUGGGACUGGAGGACUGGAGAACAUGCCACCUGCACCAAGGACAGAGCAAUGCCAGGAAGAGCAUAGGCAGGGCAGUAUCAAAAUACUGAGUAAAAAGGGGUUCUCCCGUUGUCCUUGACUUUGGGGUUAUGAGGAGGCGGAGCAAAAACUUGGGUUUCCAUUUCCUAUACUCGGCAAGAGUCACGUUGGCUAUUACCUGUUAUUAAGCCCUUACCUUGCUUAGCUUUGAGAGAAAGGAUGACUCAGACCCUCUCUUGUGAUUAGCUUUUAUUUUCAUUACAGGAAGGGAAUCAGGAUCUAAAGUCUAGUCUUACCACUUCCUGGGUGAUGUCGGUCGGUUUUCUUCCUCAUUUGGUCCAGGGGCCUCUUGUGUAAACAUUAUUUGGAGUUGCCGGCUAUAGGGCAGAUCACGGGACACCAACCCUACAGUUGUUAAAUCAGAAUCUGGGGGUUGGGGAAUUGCAGGUUGAGGCCCAGGGUGUGCAUUUUUAGUUUGAAAAUACUGUAAGAAAAGCAGCUUUUCUGGAACAAGAACCAGUUAUUGCUCAGCUUCGUAUAAAAUGCCUGGACUGUGGCACAUAGUUCAAUGUAUGACAUUGUAUAAAUAAAUGAAAAGCUCCAGCUAUAAACAUGUACAACCACUUAUAGAAUAACCUUACUUUUGUAGGGUACUUUACAAAGAGCUUUCAAAUACUGCACCCAUUCGAUCAUAUAUUUAUUUACCCUCUCACCAUUCUAUAUAUCCUUAGAGAGUUUUAAAAUCGUAAUUCCAUAAAUUGUGAGUUCUUUUUAUGAUGCCUUCUUCAAAUCUCCUCUGUACUUUACCCAAUCAUGUCUUUGGUUCAUUGUGCCUCCAGAGCGUGGGAACUGGAAACUAGGACCGUGGGGCAUGUCUAAUACAAUCAAGUAAUCAGUAACUUUGGGGUUUUAUUCCUAUACAGGUAAACUGGGAAUGAAUUGGAGUUAUUUUUAUAGAAGGGGUAUUAGAUUUUAAUAUGCUCAUUUAGGUUUACAUGUAUUUGUUGUUAAACUUAGGAUGGCCCGCACUUUGGAACCACUGGCAAAGAAGAUCUUUAAAGGAGUUUUAGUAGCUGAGUUUGUGGGCGUUUUUGGAGCAUAUAUUUUGUUUAAAAAGAUGGACACAAGCCAAGAUUUCAGGCAAACAAUGAGCAGGAAAUUUCCCUCCAUCUUGGAAGUUUAUUACAAAUCCAUUGAAUAUUCUGGAAUGUAUGGAAUCAGACAGCAAGAUCAAGAAAAAUGGUUGAACAACAAAAGUUAGAAAUUUGGCCACUGAUCAAGGUUUACCCUAUUUCAUAGUAUCAGGCACGAUUAAAUUCCAAAGUUGACAUGGAUGGAUUUUGGAAUAUUUUAAGGCAAAAUGUAAAUUCUAAUUAAGCCAGAGAUUGUAUUCUUUGGACUGUGAAGAAAUUUUUGGAAGGUGUAUGUAUUAUGUUAUAAAUAAAGUUUUGUUUAUAUUGCUCAAAAUAAAGGGGUUCUCCUUAAAAAUAAAA